AGAAAUAUAUAUAAAGCGCUCGCGCUCAUAGGCACCUCGGUAUAUAGAGCUUAUCCACACACACAGUAGUUGUAGUAAUAAUAUUUAUCUAGGAUGGCUAAAUGGGGAGAGGGCGAUGCCCGUUGGAUUGUCGAGGAAAGACCUGAUUCAACAAAUGUGAACAACUGGCAUUGGAGCGAAAAGAACUGCACACCCUGGUCUAAGAAGCGCAUCGGGGAGCUCUUCAACGGCACCAUGCUUUUCACGGAUCCAUUAGCUGAUGUGGUAUGCGGCACAGACAUCACAGUCACAGGAGAGGCCACAGCAAGCAACCGAAAGGGUAAGCUGAUCUUCUUCUACGAACUGGAGGUUAAGAGCAGCUGGUCCACCACGUCUAUAGAUGGUGUUAAGGUGGAGGGGGAAUUUGAAAUCCCAAAUCUGAGUGAAGAGAACGACCUAGACGAAAUAGACGUGCAAGUGACAGUUAAGAACGAAACAAAUGAAAGCCGAUCUAUUAAAGACCUCAUGCGCACCAAGGGGAAGAAGGCAAUCAUCGAACUACUAGGCAAAUGGCUCAAGGAUCUAAAGAACGAAUACAGCACCAACCUCAUCAAACCCACACUCACCAAAGAGAAGCUGGCGCAGCAAGCCCUAUCCUCGCCCGCCUCAAUCAACAACACGCCAGACACGCACACCAAACCAGCCGCCAAACAAGGACAAAACGGGACGGGUGGCACCGGCGCAACGACGACGAUCGAUGUGAAGGCGGAGUUUAAGUGUAGUGCGGCGGAUGCGUAUAGUGUGUUCACAGACCCACAGAAGGUGCAGGCGUGGGUGCAGUCACCCAUCACGAUGGUGCCGAAGGUUGGUGAGAAAUGGGCGCUGUUCGGUGGCAAUGUGACGGGCGAGUUCCUGGAAUUGGAACCAGCCAAACUCAUCAAACAGAAGUGGCGAUUCGCGUCAUGGAAUGGCACACAUCACUCCGAAGUCACCAUUACAUUCGCCCAGGGCUCCAGCUCAACGGCUGUGGUCAUCAAUCAAUCCGGAGUACCUAAAGCGGAGGCAGAUAAAACUAAAGACGGUUGGAAGCAGAACUACUUAAAGCGCAUCAAUUCCGUAUUCGGCUAUGGCGCCGAUUUCGGAGAAUUUUAAGUUGCUCUCACUACAAUUGAAGAAAUAAAUUGUGUGCUAAAUAAUAUAUCGCGCCAUGAUGCCGUGUACGUUUUGAACGGAAACGAUGAUGGUUGAUGUCUCGCAGAGCUUACAACGAAUUUAUAAAUACAGAUUCGUAUC